AUGCCAUCCCUGUCUCAACCAUUUAGACUAGCAACCCUUCCAAAAAUUGCUUCGUUGAGCAAUUUUUCUUUACAGGCAGAUUACGUUCAGGUUGCGGAUAGCACCUUCAAUGAAUCCACAAACAACAUAACUUUAGGUAUUUCCGGAUCAUCUAUAUCUCAGUAUAUUAUUAAUCCUACACCAAAACUGACAUUUGACUACCCAAUACCCUCUACGAAUAUCAUCACUGCAUGCAAUGCUGGGAAAGGCCAAGCCAACAUUGACGAAGACUUAAAAGUUAGUAAUGACGACAAAGAUAACAAUGAAAAGGCUAUCAACACCCAAACAAAAAGAAAUAUUGAAAUCUGGUCCUUUGGUUUAAUGGUAAAUAAGGGUAAUUAUACGCUGAACGUCAUCACUAAGGCGCCAGAAGAUACCACUGAUACCCCAAAUGAGCAUCUGGUUGAGAAUGGUACUGACAACAAAGCAUACACAGGCGCAGACGACUUUUUAUCUCAGUACAAGAUUAAGGCAAAAGCCAAAGUCAUGAGUAUCAAAAUCGACACCAAGAAUAGCUUAAUAAUUGCCAUCUUACAGAAUGGUUUGAUCGAAUUUUUUGAUUUCAAGUUAAAACUUUUGCAUUCAUUUGAUAUCUCUUAUGAUAACUUAAAAUAUGCCAAAUGGUUCACUGAAAAUGGGACUGAAUAUGUUUUCGUCCUCUGUCCGUUACAGGAUGAUAAAGUUUGCUAUAAAUUGCUUGAGCUAACAGGUUGUGGAAGUGUAGAAAGUUCGCCCAUAAAAGAAUUGUCCUCUACAAUCAUUGAAGGAUUUUCUUUUGAGAAUUCAAAGCUUUGUUACCAAUUCGGUAAACUUUACAAAUUGAAUCAAGGGAAGAUAUACGUUUACUCCUUACCUCACUGUCAAUUACAACUAAUUAUUGAGCUUCCAUUGGUGGACAAACCCAGUUCUGGAAACGAUUUGAUUUCUUUUCAACCUGUUUCAGUAAACAGAGUUCUGCUAACCGUGAAUAACGUCAUUUACCUAUUAGACCUAUUGCAUUGUUCUACUUUGAGCCAAAGAGAAUUGACUCACGUGAGAACAUUCCAACUAUUAAAAUCUGCAGUGAUUAAUUCAGAGAAAUCACAUAAUUCAAAAACAAUAGCAAUCGGUAUCUCAACGAAAAAUGGUCCAAACCCAACGUCUUCGUUAGAAAUAAUUAAUAUCGAUGUUGGAACUAAUACACUAAAGGACUCAUUGGGCAAAAGUUUCCAAGUUGGAAAAAGUGAUAGUUCAGUUAUUUUAAAACCGCUAUUUGAUGAUGAAGACAUAACUGACAAGAGAGUGAAGCGUAACGACAUCGACGAGGAUUUAAGCGUUCCAGUCUUCCAAUACAAUGAAAUUAUUGAAAAGCUUUCUGCUCUCAAAAACAAUGAUAUUACGUCAUUUGAUGACAUCUUUUUCAAAGAUCUGAAAAUCAAAGAAGAGCACUACACUGAAAAAGAUAGAUUCAUUUCUGAUCCUAUAUUCUUGAAUAAAGUGUUGGAUCUAAUUUUUGAAAAAUUUAACGGAAAUGAUUAUCCAAAAACUUUAACGUUUUUACUAACCCACCCACUAUUUCCAUUGAAUCGCACGCGUAACUUGUUAUCCCUUUUAAAAGACCAGCCCAGAUUAUUUAAACAAGCAAUUGUUACAUGCCCAAACUUGCCAUUAAAUGAACUACUUGAAGAGUUGUUUUCUAUAAGAAACAGAGAGCUAUUACUUGACAUCUCAUUUAGGAUUUUGCAGGAUUUCACAAGGGACUCUAUUAAACAAGAAAUGAAAAAACUAAGCAAAUUAGACAUUCAAAAUUUCAUCGAGUUCAUAACAACCGGUGACGAAGACAGCUCACUAGAAUGCUUCAACCAUAGUCAAAGUACGCAGCUAUUCCAACUUUUAUCCCUGGUGCUGGAUUCUAUCGGCCUAUUUUCAUUGGAGGGUACUCUGUUAGAGAACUUAACCUUAUAUAUCGACAAACAAGUUGAAAUUGCUGAAAGAAACACCGAAUUGUGGAACUUAAUUGAUACGAAGGGUUUUCAAUAUGGGUUUGCUAGCUCAACGUUUGAGAACGGAACUUCUCAGAAGCAGGCCUUACCCACUUACACCAUGGAAUACUUGGAUAUAUAA